CUGAUUCUGACGGAAUGCAUUCGCAGAGAUUUCUCGCGGGGCGUUAUUUCCCAUGCUCGCCGGUGUUUCGUUACGCAAGCUGCAGGUUAAAUCGUCCGUGAGAAGGAACCGGUGUCACCAUCUGCACACAGACUCGUACUACGCCGUUCCAUAACGUUGGCUUGCUUCGGUUCCUUGUGGUGUUGGCCGAUCUGUGUGUUCUUUUUCUUAGACUACUACCAGAGGAUGAGGAUCGAUUCUAUGUGUUCAAGGUGCCGUAGGAUAUAUGUAUGCACAUGCACACAUCAUGUCAAGAUCACUUGUUCAACACGAGUUCUGAAGACAUGGACACGGAUCAGUACAGCGAUGAUGUCAAGUAUGAAGAGGAGUUUAUUGUGAACUCCCGGGACACCAAGCUGUUCGCCUGCUCAUGGACGCCGCACAAUUCAGAGCCCAAAGCUCUGAUCUUCAUCUGCCAUGGGAUUGCAGCAGAGUGCAGUAUAUCAAUGAGAGAUACGGCCUCCCGGUUGGUGUGCGCCGGGUACGCCAUCUACGGGAUAGAUCAUGAGGGCCACGGCAGGUCGUCUGGCCGGAGAUGCUACGUGCCGAACUUCGGCGACAUCGUCGCCGACUGCUCCAGCCAUUUCACCGGUGUCUGCGAUAGGCCGGAGAACAGGGGGAAGAAGCGGUUCCUCUACGGGAUCUCCAUGGGCGGGAGCGUGGCGCUUCUCCUCCACAGGAAGGAGCCGGCCUACUGGGAUGGUGCCGUUCUGCUUGCUCCAUGUGCAAAGAUUUCUGAUGACAUGAGGCCUCAUCCGGUGGUGGUCAGCGCUCUCAAGAUGGUAUGCGCGGUGGCGCCCGGUUGGAGGGUCAUACCCAUCCCGGACAUCAUCGACGAAGUUUGCAAAGGUCCAGAGAUGAGAAAACAGGUUCGCUCCAAUCCGUAUAUUUACAGGGGAAAUCUCCCAUUGAAGACCUGCCAUGAACUCCUCAUGGUGAGCCUCGACAUCGAGAAGAACUUGCACGAGGUGAGCCUGCCGUUCUUGGUCCUGCACGGCGGAGACGACGUGGUGACGGAUCCUUCGGCGAGCAAGCUGCUGUUCGAGGAAGCUUCGAGCGCGGACAAGGCCUUCAAGCUCUACCCUGGGAUGUGGCAUGCGCUCAUGGCAGAGCUCCCUCAGGACGUCGAGCGCGUCUACUCCGACAUCAUCUCUUGGCUGGACAAGAGGGCGAAUUGUGCUGCUAAUGUUUCAAUGAAUACUGGCACGGCAAGCGCCUAGAAGAUGUUAAUUAUGCCUUGGAAAAUAUGCCAAGUGUUUGUUUACUUAGCAGAUGUCAAGUGUUGUUUCAUGCCGCUUGGGCAGGGCAUGAAGGGUCGCAUAAUUUAUGAGAGUGGAUUUUCA